CGCCCCAUAAAUAACGGGGCGAGGCCGGCGCUCCCCACUCAGCGGCGGCGGCGCCCGUGCCCGCGACCCUGCCCGUUCUCCAGUCGACGGCGGCUCCGGUUCCUGCUCCCGGGCUGUGCAAGGUUCAAGACGUGAAAAAAUGGCAUUGGCAGCAAUUGAUCCACAGCAGAACAUUGUAUCAAGGGUUGCCAACCUUCCUUUGGUGAGCUCCACCUAUGAUAUGGUGUCCACAGCUUACAUCACCACAAAGGAUAAUCAUCCUUAUCUGAAGUCAGUAUGUGAGAUAGCAGAGAAAGGAGUGAAGACGAUUACAUCAGUAGCCAUGACAAGUGCUAUGCCUAUCAUUCAGAAACUGGAACCACAAAUUGUAGUUGCCAACAACUAUGCUUGUAUAGGUCUAGACAAAAUUGAAGAGAGACUGCCUAUACUGAAUCAACCCACUGACAAGGUUGUUGCCAAUGCCAAGGAUGUAGUUGUUGGAGCCAGAGAAGCUGUAACAACCACUGUGACUGGUGCCAAGGAAACUGUUGCUCACACAAUCACUGGAGUUGUGGGCAAGACUAAAGAAGCAGUGCAAGACAGCGUAGAAAUGACCAAGUCAGUUGUCAAUGGCAGCAUUAACACUGUCCUAGGAAGUCGUGUGGUGCAAAUGGUGAGCAGCGGUGUGGACAGUGCUCUCACAAAAUCAGAGACCCUUGUGGACCAGUAUCUUCCACUUACAGAAGCAGAACUAGAGAAAGAAGCUGCAAACGUUGAAGGCUUUGAAGUUGGAGUCCAAAAGCCAAGCUACUAUGUUAGACUAGGAUCCUUGUCUUCAAAGGUCCGUGCACGUGCCUACCAACAAGCCUUAAAAAAAGUUAGAGAUGCUAAACAGAAAAGCCAGGAGACAAUCUCUCAGCUCAAUUACACUGUUAGUCUGAUCGAGUAUGCCAGGAAGAAUGUGAAUAGUGCCAAUAAGAAACUUCUUGGUGCUCAGGAAAAGCUUUAUCAGUCCUGGGUAGAAUGGAAGAAAAAUACAGGCCAAAGUGAUGGUGAUGAUCUGCGUAGUGCUGAGCACAUUGAGUCAAGAACUCUAGCUAUUGCACGGAGCCUCACUCAGCAGCUUCAGACCACCUGCCUCACACUGGUCUCAAGCCUACAGGGGCUGCCACAGAAUGUACAGGAUCAGGUUUACAGUGUUGGGUCAAUGGCAGGUGAUGUCUACCAGAGCUUUCGGUCAGCAUCCUCCUUCCAAGAAUUAUCAGACAGCUUUAUUGCAGCCAGCAAAGGACAGCUGAAGAAAAUGAAGGAGUCUCUGGAUGAUGUGAUGGAUUAUCUUGUUAACAACACACCGCUCAACUGGCUGGUAGGUCCCUUUUACCUACAACUGCCUGGCAUUCAGCAUGCUGAAAGCAAAGGUGAAGGGGAGGAAAGUUCCAGCCAGAAAGACAAACAGCCUGAACACACUACUGAAUAAACUGCGUAGCAAGCAUGUACUCUGCUGACUGACCAAAUAAGUGGCCUUACUAAGUGUAGCUGUCAAAAAAAUCCAUUUUCACCAUUUUUUGGUGAACAGUCUAUAAAUACAGGAAUAGGGGAAUCUACAGGCCAGGAAACUUACACAUGGGCUGUUUUGUCCUGUGUAGUUAAGCUAUCCUUAAAAAUUCAAACUAAACUCAAGUGCCUAAUUAUGGGCAGCUGACAGUUGUCAAGACACCCUGUUUGUCUGUCAAACCCUCAUUGUGUUUCAGUGGUAUUAAUAGUCUAAAUGAAAUCCACCAUAGCUUUGAUUUGCUGCUUAAUUUCUCCCAGAAUGAUAUGAAAGCCUUACGUACUAUGAAAUGCAUUUAAAUGUUCUACAGUCUAGCUAUUUACACUUAAAUGCUAUGAUUGCUUCAGAUCAUACAUUUGAUAAUUGUGCAUCUGACUAUCUCAGAUUCUAUUGCUACAUAAUUCAUGACAAAAGUUCUGUGAGUAUAGAAUGCCAAAGCUGAAAGUGGGGUUUCUGAAUGAGUCAGCUGGAGUUAAAUGCUGUUACAGUUUUAACAUUAACUGUAUAAACUUAAGUAUUUUAUAACACAAUAACUUGACCACAGAAUUAUAGAAUAUUUCAAGCUGGAGUGGACCCGUAAGUGUCACCAAGUUUGACUCCUACUCCUUGCAGGACUACCUAAAAACUGAAAAACUAAACCUUAUGACUAAAAGCAUCAUCUAGAUGCUUCAUGAACACUGUUCCAGUGACUGACCAAAUAAUUAUAAACAAUUUUUUUUAAUAUGCAGUAUAAAAGAAGAUUCAUGCUGUUUGUACCCAGGUGCCUGCUGUUGUGAGUGUGUGUUUUUGUAGCCAUUGUUUUGUAACUCAUUUUUGUAUGUUAGUAAUAAAUGCUUUAGUAGCCAAAGCCUGUCUCCUUUGUUUUAAAACAAUCUAACUUGCUCUUCUGUGACUCCCUCAAACUGGGUCCAGCAGAAAGCAAGUUUGACAUGCAGAUGAAGUAGAUGUGCAUUGAAAGUGUUUGUGUAUGUAUUGAUAGAUAGAUGAGAUUCUGCUGCAGCAUUUCCUUCCUUUUGGAUUUCUGUGUAUCUGUCCAGUGAGUCUUAGCUUUACUGAUGCUUUUGUUGAUCCUUGCUGUUGUGACCUUUAAAGAUGACCUAAGCUGUGAGCUGAUGGAUGUUCUAAUAUUGAAAAGAGAUGGAUAUGGACAAAAGAAUCCUCUCCUCCCUUCACAGUAGGUGUUGUGUGUGGCUAUCUACCAGCUUUGUCUUCUGACUCCCUAUAAACAGUUUUUACUUCUCAGCUGCAUCACCAGUUUUAACUUGACUUUAUUUGUUCUCUUGAACUUGAGUGACAAAUCUAUGUUUACAUUCAACUACUUCAGUGGAAUUACUUGUUCUCAGUAAGUCCUGUGAACCCCUCCACUGGAAAAGAAGUAGUUACUAAGAAAUAAGCUUUCUUGCGUUAGUGCUGUCCAGGUAAGUUGUAUCUUUUUUUUCUGAUGCAUGCCCUAUACAACUUGGGGUUGCAAUCAUCUAGUGUUGUAGUGCCAGCCACCAUUUUCAAAGAAGUGACAAAGCAGUAUAAGGCAAAAAUGCGGUUCAAAGAAAGGCUAUCACAUAGCCGCACACUGCUACAUGGAACAAAUGCCUCCACUUGGCAUGAUUUAGGCACUAAAGCAAAUUAUACGCUGUCCAGCCUUCUAAUGUGAGUGGGUUAGCUGUUAGAUCAGGGUUGGCCUAGAAGUGUGAGGAAGACUGGUUUAAGCACAAUAUUAAAUGAAACUGUAGAGAAACAGGAUUGCAGGUAAAGAUUCUGUAAUUUACAAUGUUUAAUACUCACUUUAUAUAAGGGAGGUGUUUAACAUGAAAUCAACAUGAGAUGGUGAGACUCCUUUCCAUCUAGGGUCUGAGUUAAGACUUCUGGAGACAUAGUGCUUUCAGGAAUUAAUUUAUUUUAAAGUUUACUAUUACAUAGGCCCAGUGAGAAUUUUAUUUCCAUUUGCAAUAAUACCCAUAGAAUGCAUCCACUAUUGUAGGUGUGCUCAGGAACUGAGCUGGAUGGAACUAAUUAGGUGUAGAAGGAGUGGGCUGUUCAAAGAAGGGAAUUCCUAUUCUAUGUGUGCUUUAAAGUCUUAUUACUCUGGGACUUCAUCCUGAGGUGAUCUAUCAAAUAAGAUACUCAAACUUUUUUUUUAAGGACUGAGAAGUAAACAACAUCAUCUAGCAUUAGUGCAGAUGCAGUACACUGUGUCUGUUCUGUCUUGUGUUACUGGUUUGUAUUCUUGCAUGGCUGUCCAGCUUUACUAAAUUGCAGUAAGCAGAUGAAGUAGAAUGCAAGGAAAAGUUGCUACCAGCCUAGACCUUCAAAGCACUUCUUCCUUACCAUGUGCUGUAGGGUGACUUCUGUUCAAAAGUUACUUGGACUUCUGGCAGCUGACCUAUAACUGGUGGCUGCAAACAGAGCAAGGCCUGGUUAAAUGCUUACCUAAUGGCUGGUCUCCUGUGUCAUGGUGUUGUGGUAGGUGCUUGUUUUGUUGGAUGCUGCCUGCCCUCCCCCCAAACUUUUUUAAGUUUCUAUCCACACAUGCACAGCCCCCCAUCCCCCAUCAGAAUUGGGAAGACUCUUCUCUAGAGGAAGGUGCUUCCCACAGAUAAAGACGGGAAAGCUGAGUUACUGACAUCUUACCUUUUUCUCUCCAGCUGCAUGUAUUCAACAUCUCAGCUGCACUGCACAGAAGCUUUCUUCCUCUUAGUCCAAAAUCACAUUUGAGAAUAUAGCUUGGGCUAGAAAAUUUUGAGGUUUCUCUGAAAACUUUUAGAAAUGGUAAGACCAGAUGUGUUGAAAAUGACAGGAAGCAGAUUCAACCAUUUUCAGCAAGGCAGGUAAACUCGACUAAAUGGAAGAAUGUCAAAGGCUGCUAGUUGCAGAAAACCUGGGAUAGUAAUGGUUAUAAUACUAACAUCAUUAUCACUUGUAAGGUUAUUUAGGGUUUAUUUAGAAUUCAGAAAAUUACUUUUUCUCUUCUAGAGAUCGCUCAAAAAUUGUUCAUGCUAGUUGACACUUUCCAGGUGCAUUUAACAGAGAACUAUUAUUCUAUCAUUGCUGAUAAUAGUUUUCUAGAAAACCUUUCAAUAUAAGCAUUUGUGAAUAGCUCCAUAUGGUAUGCAAGUUUUGCAAACAUUUUUAUAGCAUUGGUCAAGCCCAAAUUACAAGAUUUGUGUAAGGCCUGGAGUUGCAGCUAGGUUGCCUCAAUCUAAAAAAAGUGUAAAGCUUUGGAAAUAUCUCUUAUUCUUCAAGAUUAAUAUUUUUGCAAUCUUUUCCAAAAUUCAACUUAGGUAAUAUUUUAUAGCUAAUAAAAUCUGUGAAAGGAUUUGGGAACAACUGAUAAAUUAUUUCUCACUAUUUAAAAAAAGCAGUAACUACCACUAAAAAGCUCUUUUAAACCUUCAUAAUUAAAAAGAUGAAACAAAACUGAACUUGUUUUAAAGUAUGCUUGGUUAUUAAUUUGCAUGAUCAGAGAGUCUUACAUAAAGUAGCUUGCUGGAGGUGUUGUGGACAGUGUUUUGAUAAAUAAAUUUCAUUUCAUUUAUUGCCAAUUCAUGGCAAUUUUAUUUCUUUUGGAUAAAACAGUCUCUGAUGGCUAAAAAUAAGCACUUGUUUUGAAAGUUCACAGAAUGAGAACACUGUGUCAAAAUGCUAGUGGCUCAGGUCUAAAAUCUUAGCAAGAAGAAAAUGGAUUGAAGUUAGAAUUGACAUUAACAUUUAUAUAUGUGUCCUGGGGUGACUGCAAAAGACAGCAAAAUGCCAAAGUAGUUUUUGGCACUGUUUUAUGUGGGGAUGUUGCAAGUAUUAUAUCUUUGUAAAUGAUAUACUGAAUCAUGAAGAGAAAUUGCAUGAAGGAGUUAUAUCUGGUCUUACUCUUUUAUUGCAAGAAUUGCUAGGAAGUUGAAAGAAAGCAGUGAGUCAACUGUGAAAAGUGGUGUGGAAGCAAGGGUCUUUUACAUAAGCAAUCUCAUAACACCAAGGGCUUGGCAUUGUUUUAGUUAGACUGGUGCAGAUGUCAGAAUAUGUGAUUCUAAUACAAUUUAGCACAGUCAAAACGGAGAUGAAUCAUAUUGACAUCCAGUCUGUUUUACUCAUGCUGAGAUACACUGCAAUUUGAAGUUCUUUCAUGGCUAUCAAAAAAUUUACUAUUACAUUAAAGGAGUCAAGUUCUUCUGCUGCAUGCAUUAAGGAGAUGAAGAAGGCAGAAACUUAAAUGUGAGCAAUUACUCUGUUGCCACUAAGAAUAAAAUGGUUAUAAGUAAUAAAAACCUCUUAAAUGUAUAACAGAGAAAAUUCUUACUGGUCAGACACACUUAAAAAACAUGGCUGUGUCCUGGUCAGUUUAAAUAUAUAUAACCAUCCAUUUGGGCACAUUCUUAUUUGUAAGAAUGUAUUUUGCAACAUAAGAAUUGUUUUUCUACCUGUAUUUGUAUACUGCAGUAUGAAAUACAAGAUCACGUGCUGAUAAUGGGAAAACUUGUUGCUUUCUCUAAGUGCAGUAAUGAGAGUUUUAGGAAAACUGCCAUAAGCAGAAAGAUGGAAAAUAAUUAUUUCUGGUAGAAAGAUGUGUUUCCUCCAUUCUUAGUGCCUUUUGAUCUUUUGGGAAACUAAAAUUACUGAUGUUAUUUUGAUCAAACUUAAAUUCUCAAAGUGGUCCACACAUUUCAUGGUAUCCACAAUAGUUCCUGGUUAGUUACAUGCUGCUUAAGUUCUUCUAAAGAUCAAUUUAAAUAAAUAACUAGUAUUUAAAAGAUCCCUGGGUGUCCAAUGAAUACCUAUUCUGUAAGACCAGUAAAUUAACAUGUAGAGCUUCUGUGUUGAGCACAGCCUAGUAGCUGAAGCAGUACUCCCUUUAUUUGAUACAUUGUCAGCCCUCCUGCCCUGCCUUCAUAACAGGCAAAGCAUAGAUUUUUACUGCUUACUGUCUCAUUAAAGUAAGUCAUAAGGUGUUUUGUAGUUAGGGAAUGCAUUAAAAAUGCCACUUCAGUCGGUGCUGAGCUUAAGUUACAGAAAUGCCUACAAGCUGCUGUUGCUUUGAACAGAAACAGUCCUGUCAAAAUGCAGCAGUAGUUAUUUGCUGAUACUGUGUCUGGCUCCAAGUAUGUCACAUCACCAACAUUAAAACUAACCAUAAAUAAUAUUACAGAUAUGAGUAUUUUUCACCUGGGGCAAAAAAACUUAUAAGUAAAUUGCUUAAUUUUAUCCUAUUUUUCAGAAGUGCCUAAGUAAUCUAAGUCCUACAAAGGGGACUUAAGGGUUGGGACUUAAGCUCCUAAGUGUCUUAGACAACAUUUUUAGAAGUCUGCAACAUCCAUGUAUCCACUGAUGUCUCUCUGGCAAUUCCUGAAACCCUGUGCUGCUUAGCAGUACAGAAUACGCACAGUUAAAAUGGAGGCCAAAGUGACAUUGCAGUUCCAGGUUUUGGUUUCAUAAAAAAAAUGUCUGAUGCAGACGUUGGCAUCCAGAGCAACACAGCAAUCCCUAUCAAUCUCCUCAGGGCAGAUUACUUUGUAUAGUCCAUUGCUUCUGUGAAAAGAAGAAAGGUAAAAUUAGUUUUAAAACCUCCUUUCUUAAUUUUCCAGUCACCAGUUUCACUAAAUUUAGUCCACUGCAUUCAGCUCUUGUCCAUCUCUACUAUAUAAAGUCCUACCUUCUAAGCAACUGAUUUCCAUCUUGUGUUGUAUUUGAUUGAUCUGUCUUAAUGGUUCGUGUUUUCUAUAUGUCUGAACAUAUUUCAAUCUGUAAUCAGGAUGUUUGGUCUGAUUUCUGGAGGUGCUGAGCAUCUUUGUAUCCUGUCAUCAGUGAAGGAGUACUGCACAAAUCUGUUUAGUUUUACUUUUAAAUUGAUUGAAAUUUCAU